GAAUUAUCCAUACCAUAUAGAAGAUUUUCUAUACCAUUUAGUUAUAUCACUUGGUUCAAUUUCUGAACUUUUUCAUAUAUAUAUAUAUAUAUAUAAUAACUAUUCAGAAAGAAAAUUAGUAUUAAAUUUAAAAAUGAAAUUCUACUUAAUCACGGCGCUUCUUAUUAUUGCAUCCGAAGCACAAGAUACUUUCAAAUGUCCUGAUGACUUUGGCUUCUAUCCUCAUCAUUUAUCAUGUGACAAAUAUUGGAAAUGUGAUAACAAUGUCGCAGAAUUAAAAACUUGUGGCAAUGGCCUUGCUUUUGACGCUUCAGACGCGAAAUUUCUUACAGAAAAUUGCGAUUAUUUACACAACGUCGAAUGUGGCGAAAGAACUCAGCUUGAACCACCAAUAAGCACACCUCACUGUGCUCGACUUUAUGGUAUUUUCCCGGACGAAAAAAAAUGUGAUGUAUUCUGGAAUUGUUGGAAUGGUGAAGCAUCUCGAUACCAAUGCAGUCCUGGACUUGCCUACGAUCGUGAAGCUCGUGUUUGCAUGUGGGCUGAUCAAGUACCUGAAUGCCGUAACGAUGAAGUAGCUGGCGGUUUUUCAUGUCCCGCUGCUGGUGAAGUCGCUGGAGCAUCCGGAAGUUUUUCCAGACAUGCUCACCCUGAGGACUGCAGAAAAUAUUAUAUUUGUUUAGAAGGAAUUGCUAGAGAAUACGGAUGUCCUGUUGGUACUGUUUUCAAAAUUGGUGAUACAGAUGGAAGCGGUAACUGUGAGGAUCCCGAAGACGUUCCUGGUUGUGAAGAUUAUUACGGUGAUUUGGACUUGAAAAGCAUCAGGAAAAGUGAACUUCUAGCUGGAAUUUCAGGCAACGGGCAAUCAAAUGCACCUAAAUCACAAGGAAAGCCUAGACCAACUCCUUCAAGACCUCAACCUAUUCAAGAAUGAUUUCAUUAAUGAUAUUUACAUUUUAUAUUACAUUUCUACUGUUUUUAAACAUCCUCAAUACCUUUGAGAUGAUCAAGAGUUUAUCGUGAUGUUGGUUGGAGUGCCAAAGCUAUGACAAAAUUACUGAAAAAAAAAAAAAAAAUUAUCCAAUAAGAGAAACAACUCUUGACAUCUCGAUUAUUUAAUUAUAAGAAAGUUGCCUCAUGAUUCAUACUUCUUCAUAAUGUUUUCGUUUAUUUUCAAAUAAAAAUAAGAAAAACAAA